GGCUCUAACGUUCCUCUGACGCAGCAUCUGUGCAGAAGGAGAGAGGAGGUUGAGCUGCUCUAUGUGGGCGUCGUAUGUAACGAACUUUAUUUCCUAGUCGACUAAUUGUUAUAUAGAGAGCAAAAAACCAUGGCUCAAGGAUUGAAAGAAAGAUUCGACAAGUUCCUGCACGAGAAAAACGUCAUGACGGACGUGCUGGCGAAGAUCGAGGCCAAGACCGGAGUGAACCGAUCUUACAUCGCACUCGCUGUCAUCGGUGUGAUUUCAGUUUACCUCGUCAUCGGUUAUGGCGCUUCACUGCUCUGCAAUCUCAUCGGAUUUGUCUACCCUGCCUACAUCUCAAUCAAAGCCAUUGAAAGCACCGACAAAGACGACGACACAAAAUGGCUCACCUACUGGGUUGUGUACGGUGUGUUUAGCGUGGCCGAGUUCUUUGCUGACAUCUUCCUGUCCUGGUUUCCAUUCUAUUACAUAGGAAAGUGCGCCUUCCUGGUGUGGUGCAUGGCUCCGACUCCUUCUAACGGCUCCAUGCAGAUCUACACGCGCAUCAUUCGACCUUUUUUCCUAAGGAACGAGGCCAGGAUCGACACUGUGGUGAAGGACAUCAAGGACAAAGCAUCCGAGGCUGCAGAUAAAUUUAAAGAUGAAGCCAAGAAAGCCACUGCUAACAUCAUCUUUGAGGAAAAAAAGAGCUCCUAAGCAGCUGUGGGGGAGACACCACGGCAGUAUGCACUAUUGGUACAAAUCCCCAAGGACGAUCACGGGCCUGAAUAAAUGUUGCCUUUAUUUUUUGUGUGUGUCUUUGUAAACAACUGGAAUAUUCCUGCUGGUUUUGCUCAAUUUCUCUCUGUACAAAUAGCAGUGCCUGCGAGAGUUCCGUUUAAAUAUAUAUUUCACAUAAUACCGAAUACCAGUGAUGCUCGACUGCUGUGCUUCACUCCCAGUAAAUGAAAGUCUUACCUCCUA